UGCACAUGCAAUUGUAAAGGCGGCAGACAUGCCAGGGCAUCCUCCAUCACGGCGCCGACGUCCCCCAGCAGCAGAUAAGAUGCCAUGGUAUCGGAACACGUUUGAUGCAGAAGGUGUGUUGAUUGACGAGGAGUCGGGAGAACUGAGUUAUAAACGCCCUGGACGACAAAGCUCCUUCGAUGAAACUCAAGAGCGAGAGGAGGUUGAGCGUCCCAACUAUCAGCCCGCGCCACGACAGUAUGCAUCGACGUGGACAAAGCGGCAGGACAAGCGAUUGGACCCACUCGAGACGAAGCCUCCAUCAUCUUUGUCUCUUCCCCGUCCAUCCUCAACCCCACAGCUCUCGUCGAAACUCCUCGGUCGAAUGAGCUGGGACCCCGAAGUUCUCGAGAUUGGAACCUUACGGAGUGAGAUGGGUGACACUGUCCCUCCAAGGGACAAGCUGCGCCUCAUGAGCUCGCUCAAGCUCCCAUUCCGCGACAACGACCGCCACGCCGUGGACAUAUCCCUUUCACGACUUCGCACCAACACGCGCAUCCAGGCAAUUCUCAAGCGCGACGAGUCCAAAUUCCAUCCCCCCAUCGCGAGAGACGUGUCGUUCACCCCCGUCGUCCGAGCUAGGCAGACCCUUCUGACCAAGUUUUCGUUUCAUGACUCCAUGUCCCAUCUCCCGACGUCGAUGGCCGAAGACGACGACGAUGAUGACCUCCACGACAAACCCGACGAUCGAGUCGAGAAGGCCCAGUCCCUGUCCAAACACAACCAGGUCAAGUACUUUGGCGAGUCAGCCAAGCACGCGUUCUAUGCCCACUACCACCACGUUUCGUCCAAGCAGCACCUGUUUCGGUCGAGUCCCCAUCGUGCCCCUCCUUCGGAACCCUCAGAGGAUGACGAGCCCACCACCGACAGAUCACGCGGGACUGACAUGGUCCCUCAGACACCUGCUGCCGUGGCGGCUCCCGACAUUACGCCGCGGACUCGAGUGGUCGUCGGCAGUUUGUCCGACCAGCGGCCAGCGAUACCGCUCAUCAUUCGAAAGCACACCACGAGUGUGUUUGACUUUUCGUUCCAGUCGCUCGGCGACGACUACAUCCGGCAAUUCGCGGCUUGCAUCCACUCGCUGCCUUUCGUGGAGGAGAUCAACGUUCGCGACAAUCGACUGAGCGACGUCGGACUCGACGCGCUGCUGGUGGCCAUCCAUACGAAUCGACUCAAGUUGCGUAAGCUCGACAUUUCCGAGAACGAGAUCGGGUCCGAUGCGGCCAAGACGUUGCGCGUUUACAUCGAAUCCAACGAGUGCACGCUACGGCACUUGGUCAUGGAGAAGUCGGAUAUUGACGACUUUGAAUGCGCCGCGUUCAUGACUGCGUUCGAAAAGAACACGAGCGUGCUCGAGCUCACGAUGCCUCGCAAUCGCAUUGGCGAAGCCGAACAACUGAACGUUGUCCAGCCCGAGAUUACGACCGGCGGCGAAGCCAUUGCGAGCAUGCUUUAUGUCAACGUAACGAUCGCAAAAUUGGACCUGAGCUGGAAUCUCCUGCGCCUUGAAUCGGGUGUGACGCUCGCGAAGUCACUCGAGUUCAACAAAAAGCUGUUGGAGCUCCAUGUUGCGUACAACGCGUGCGGCGACGCCGGUGCCAUGAUGUUUGGCCAUGUUCUGACCAUCAACACAACACUAAGAACCCUUGACUUAAGCUACAACAAUGUUGGAUGCCGCGGGGCGUUGGUGCUGGCGAGUGCCGCAAGCAAGACUAAGACCCUCCGGCACUUGCUCCUAAACGGCAACAACAUCGGGAAGGAAGGAGGGCGGGCCCUCAUGUUUGCCAUGUGUUCGACGCAAACAGACCAGGGGUGCGAUAUUGAGAUUACGGGAUGCAACCUCGCGUCGACGAAUCAAGGAAAGAGCGGCAAAGGAAAGAUCUUCGACCCGACCGACCCCGCGGGCGAAUACUCGUUGGAAUUGACGGAUCCAUUCGACCAAAUGAUCGCCACGGAACUCCUUCGCCUCGCGACCAACAAGAAGGGCUGUCGGUUUGAAAAACUCAAGCACCAUUCACGCCUCGAGCGUGUGAAGAAUAAAGGCACGGUGAUCCAGCUCGUCCACCCGACUCCAUCGACCGUCUUCAACAGUCCCCUCGAUGUCUUUUAUACAAAUUCCAUCGCCAAACACCGAGGUCGAAUCGACAACCUGCAGGUGGACGUGUUUGCGUUGGCGGCGGUAUUUCGCGCGCUGCAUAUGGCUCCAAGCGUCGAGAUGCUGCAAGAGAUCUUGACCCACAUGAACGCGCACUGGACGGCCGACUUGGACGAGCAAGACUUUAGCUGCCAGUUCUUCCACUCUCUCUUUGAAAUCACAGACGUGGACGGGUCGGGGGGGCUGGACGCCGUCGAGCUCAAGCGCAUCAUGGAUAAUCUCGGGUCGCCCAUGACGGACCACGACGCGGCGCUCGCGAUUGCCCAAUACGACCUCGACAGCAGCGGAACGAUCGAAGACUUUGAAUUUGUCGAACUGAUGAACGCCCAUGUCCGGUUUCAAGCGUUCGGAUCCAAACAUUCCCUCGCCGGCCUCGAUCCAAAUCGGUUUGCGUUGCGCGAUGCCGCGUCAAAUCAAAUCUGGCACAUCCCGAUCGAAGGCCGGCUCGAAGUCUCGUUCGUGUACGAGCGCGAAGCGGUGCUGGACGUGCACGACGCCAAGAACCGCAUUACGGACGCCGGGAUUGCCCAGUUGAUUCGAAACAUUCACCUGCAAGCAAAAAGCCCGCAAGAGAAGCUCGAGAUGCUCUUUUUUGCCAUCAACGAUUCCGAAAUCUUGUUUUCCGCGGCACAGGCGUACGAGUUGCUCGAGCGGUGCGGGGGCCUAACGCAAGAUGUUCGCGUCAAGGCAGUGAGCCACGCACUGUUCCAAAUGAUCACGGCGAAAGAUGCUCAGCGACUUGUCUCGACGACGCUCAACCUGCGGGAACGCGCCAAGCUCAAGGUCGACUUGGGCAAUGCCUAUGCCGUCAUCAUGGGAAACCCAACCGCGCACUUUGCGUUGGAUUUGGUCAACAAAGCGGAUCGUUGGGUCGCGCAGAAACUGGUCGAGACAGCUCAAACUGAGAAGAAGCUCUCGAUUGCGUCCAAGCGCGGUGACACGUCGCAGCACAUGAACUGGGAAAAUUUCCGAAACGAGACGCUCGAAGGAGAAAAGUUUGUCCUGACAACGUCGUUCUUCAACUCGCUUCCGCAGUGCGGUCGCCUCGAAUUCGACUACGUGUCCACAAGUCGGCCCCCAAAAGGCUCCAAGGCACUGAGCAACCGACGGUACGAGCAGCUCGUCAAGGAGCUCGCCAAGGACUGUGUCAUCAUCGACAUCCCGGAGGGUGGAGACCAGCCACACGUGCCGCUCGACCCCGUGGCACGGGCGCAGCAGCGUUGGAAAAAGCUGCGCGAUUACGUCCGCCACAAUCAGUUUGUAAACAUGAUCAACUACGCAAGGUCGCACAUUUUUCGCAUCAAGAACUGCCGCGACGAAGUGCGUCUCAAGUUGGUCCAGAUCGAAACGGCGGUCAGUGAUCGAUACCUUACUGCGGAGCAGGCAAGUCGCAUUGUCAUGAGCAUGCCUAGCGGAUUCCACGGCCGAGUUGAAGCGGCGCGGGUGCUGUUUGCCCGACUCGUCGACGUCGGCAAUUUUUGCGAGAUAUUUGACCUGCUCGAUCGAAACGACCAGGCGGAGCUGAUCAAGUCUCUCGGGUGGCUGAACGUGUUCAACCCUGAAAAGCCCGACCGGUUCUAUGAAUUGGACUUGAGUGUCCUGGAAGAUUACAACAUGGCUAAAAUUCUCAUUCGCCUCGCUGUCAUCGAAGAGGUGCGGACACGACCGGUACCGAGACAAACGACUCCCUUGAUGCCAUAGGGAGACAACUGGCUGGACGGAUAUACGUACUCGCCGUCAAAAACCGAACCACCGUUUCCGCAUUGGAUCCUGCCUGCGUCUUGGGAUGCAGAUGAUACGGGCAAAGGCGAAGGGCCUCGCCGCACUGGCGUCCUUCGAUUGACAUUUACGUCAAAGCUCGAGGACGGUUGCAUUCCCGACUGGGACGCCCGCAAAGAAAUCAAAUCCCGGGUCUUGUGUGGACCGUAACCCCAGCUACAUCACCUCUUGUCGCAUGGACUUGCGUGACGAGCGUCGAGAUAAUGCAGCAAACGACCGCUUGGGCGUCUGAAAAUGUG